CAUGGUUAACUAAUAUAAUUUACUGUAUAUAUUAAUCAUAUGUAUUAUUAUUGUUACUUAUAUUUAAUUAGUAAUUGUAAGCAUGCAUGCAUGUUGUAAGUGCAUUUAUCAAGGACUUUUGUAAAUGUAAUGUUUUAAAAAAAUCUUUGUUUUUAGUAAUUUUUUGUAGGCUAUGUAUCACAUUAUGAAUUUUUUGGAAUGUAAUGAAGUUGAGUUGGCACCAUCCAAUUGGGUAUCCAAUGGAGUGUGUGCUUGGCCACCAUAUAAAACUGGAGAUAUCCAUAAGGCUAUAAUAAAUAAAGAGCAGCCCAAAGAAAACUGGAAAUCAUUUAAGGUUGAAGUUAUGUACACAACAGAUAAUUACAGAACUGCAAGACUGAAGCUUCAAGUUGCUGAAAGACACUCCGAUUUGCAGACAGCAGAAGAUGAAGAAGGCAAUGAAAUUCCAAAAAGAACAAAAAGAAGGAAAAUAGCAAACACAAGAUUUGAUAGUGAUAGUGAUAGUGACGGUGAUGUCUGUAACAAACCCAAAAGCCAUCUACCUCCACCACCCAAGACAACCCCUCCUCAAAAAUUUUCAAAAUCAACCACCAAGAUGUCUGCUGACCAUGGAGAACUUGGACGAAAUGCAAAAUCAAUGUGCAGGAUGAAUCAACCUGACAGUGUUCAGCUAUAUUCUGAAUGUAGGUCCACUGAAUGUGGAAGAUGCACUCAAGAAAGGAAAAGCCUGAGAAAUGUUUACAGAAAUCAAAGUGCAUCUACAGUGGAAGAGCACCUAACCCCAGAGUGUGUGGAACUUGCAGAUACUGCGUUUAGACACUGGUCUACCUCACAACAAAAUGAUGGACCAAAUCAAGACAUCUAUGGCCGUGUUUUAUCUUUUCAUGUUUCCUUUAUUUUUCCAUUUUUCAUCAUGCUUGCCAAUUUAUAG